ACACACACACACACACGCAUACUACUGUCAUGAUCAUGGCCACUCUUACCAAAGCUUUAAAACCAAUCUUGGGAAGGCAAUUGGGAAAUGCAACAAAGGUCUUUGGCGCAGCAGUCAGCAAUCAAAGAGGAAAACCUACUUACACAGGACAAAUCAUACCUCCUCCUGCCAAGUAUGGAGGCCGGCAUACUGUAGCAUUGAUUCCUGGAGAUGGAAUAGGACCUGAGCUGCUCAGCCAUGUGCGGGAACUCUUCAGAUUCAGCUGUGUUCCUGUGGACUUUGAGGUGGUGAAUGUAAAUUCUUCAUUAACCAGUGAGGACGACAUCAAAAAUGCCAUUAUGGCCAUUCGCCGCAAUGGAGUUGCUCUUAAGGGUAACAUUGAGACCAACCACAUAAUGCCCCCUAACCACAAGUCAAGGAACAAUCUUCUACGCACGAGUCUAGAUCUGUAUGCCAAUGUGAUGCACUGCCAGUCACUUCCUGGAGUCCAGACGCGCCACAAAAACAUCGACAUCAUCAUCAUUAGAGAGAACACAGAGGGCGAGUACAGCAGUCUGGAGCAUGAGAGUGUAUCAGGAGUUGUAGAGUGUCUGAAAAUCAUCACGAGGACCAACUCCCUCCGCAUCGCUGACUAUGCCUUCAAACUAGCCCGAGAGAAAGGUCGCCGCAGGGUCACGGCUGUCCACAAGGCUAACAUCAUGAAACUGGGGGAUGGGCUGUUCUUGCAGUGCUGUAAGGAGGUGGCCUCUGGUUACCCAGACAUUGAGUUUGAUAGCAUGAUUGUAGACAACACCACCAUGCAGCUUGUUUCUAAGCCCCAACAGUUUGAUGUCAUGGUGAUGCCUAAUCUCUAUGGCAAUGUAGUCAGCAAUGUGUGUGCGGGGCUGGUGGGUGGACCCGGUCUGGUGCCUGGUGCCAACUACGGACGAGACUAUGCUGUGUUUGAAACGGCCACCAGGAAUACAGGAAAGAGCAUUGCCAACAGGAACAUCGCCAACCCCACUGCCAUGCUGCUUGCCAGCUGCCUCAUGUUAGAUCAUCUCAAGCUUUAUGACUAUGCCACCAUGAUCCGAAGUGCAAUUCUCACCACUAUGAACAAGACCAGGUUGCACACAGUUGACAUUGGGGGGCAGGGCACUACUUCAGAAGUGGUUCAGUCUAUCAUGAGGAACAUCGAGAGUGGCGGUCCCCUCACCACUGAUAUCUAAGCUCAGUCAGCAUCACUCCACAUCUGUUUGAUGCAUCAGUUUCGUAAGGACAUCUGUCACAUGAACUUCAGUCCCAAGAUUCAUUUGAAAUGCAGCAUACUUCAGCAUUGAGCUUGUGGUGUUUCUUGGGCAUAGUGGUCUUUCCUUGGGAACUGCAGAGCUUUUAGAUGUAUCAUAUUGUAUCUAAACGGUUAUAUUGUUUAAAUGCUAUGCUAAUGCAGUAUUUAUGAGGUUCUUGCAUUGGGUUUCUGUUUCUGCUGCUCAAUUGCAUUCCAAAUUUGAUCCGUUCUUAACACGUUAUUCUAAAACACAAUGUAUUCAUUUGGGGUUCAUAACUUUUGUGUUUACUUUAAUGAACCUGAAUAAUAUGAACAAACCUCCAACUGUCCAUUUACAAAAUUAUACUUGUAUAAACUAGUGCAUUUUACUUUUCUAACAGCCUUACAGUGUUGGGUGUUUAAAUGGACUUCGUGUUCUGGAUGUCCAUCAGAUGAUAUUUUUUCAUUAGACUUUAUAAUAGUAUUAUUUAAGCUUAAUACUUAAUGUUGGUCUACUGUUGCAUCAUUUAGUUUAGACCUUUAUGUUAAUUUAAUUUCUUGAUAUGCAGUGCUUAUUUGUAUUAUUGAUCUGUCAUACUGUCAUCUUUUGAGUUAAACAUGCACAUUUUACAUCAAA